UUUUUUGUUUUUACUCCUCUGCCCUUUGCGAUUGUUUGUUCGACUACCUUUGAAUCUUCAGCAGUUUGAUGAUCUCCUGUUCUCUAUGCAGAGGUUGAUGUCGUCGACGGUGGAGCAUGAUUACAUAGGUCUGUCGGAGCGGAACUCCUCUGCCGGCGGAGUCGAGGGAGGGGUUCUGAACCUCAAGGCCACGGAACUCAGGUUGGGGCUGCCUGGGUCGGAGUCGCCCCACCGCGUGGAGAAGAUCGGGCUCACCCUGGAUUUGCUCCCCAAGAGCUUCGUCUCCGGUGCCAAGAGGGGGUUCUCCGACGCCAACGAUGGGGGCGGGACGUGGGGAUUUGCCGCCGAAGGUGGCGGAUCUGAAGUGAACUCGGUAAAAGGUGGCGGCUUGUUUUCGGGGAGAGGGGAGGUUGCGUCCGGUGGCAGUGCAGGGCAGCUUUCUGGGCAAGGGAAUGUGGGGAAGGACCUAGCGGUGAAAGCGGCUGGGCAGGAGCGGAAGGUCACCCCGAAGGGCUGUGGUUCUGUUGGGAAUGAUAGUCCGGUAGCUCCUGCAGCGAAAGCACAGGUGGUUGGUUGGCCACCAAUCCGUAGUUAUCGGAAGAAUACUAUGAUUACAAAUCCAUCUAAGGUUAAAGAUGAUGCUGAUGGAAUACAAGGGCAAGGGUGUCUUUAUGUGAAGGUUAGCAUGGAUGGAGCUCCUUAUCUGAGGAAAGUUGAUCUCAAAAUAUACAAAAACUAUAAGGAACUUUCAUCAGCACUUGAGAAAAUGUUCAGCGGCUUCACAAUUGGUUGGUGUGAUUCUCAUGGAAUACCAGGCAGAGAGGAGUUAUCUGAGAAUCAUUUGAUGGAUCUCCUGAAUGGUUCUGAGUAUGUCAUUACUUAUGAAGACAAGGAUGGAGACUGGAUGCUUGUCGGUGAUGUGCCAUGGGCGAUGUUCACAAACUCAUGCAGGAGGUUGAGGAUCAUGAAAGGUUCAGAUGCUAUUGGACUCGUCAGGGAGCCUCUGUUAUUUAUUGAUUCACAAGUACCUGUUAUUUUGGGAAGAACAAACCCACAAUUUCCUGGUUCACAUCCAGUUUCUCUUAACAGGCAGGAUCAUGUUUUGGGUGUUGGAGGAUUUGGUAGAGUUUACAAAGGUUUGAUCAGUGAAGAUCUCAGGGAUGGGCUGCAACCCCUUCAAGUAGCAGUGAAAGUCCAUGAUGGUGAUAACAGUCAUCAAGGUCAUAGGGAAUGGCUGGUAUCCAUCUCCAAUAACUCAAUUGUUGGUUCUGUCUCAUCGCUUCCGAUUCCUUCGUCAAGUAAUGCUGGUGAACUUGAUGAAGGACUUGUUUUUAUGAGGUCUUGUUAA